GGGAGGUCCCACCUUGCACGCCGGCCGUAGCAAGAUGGCGGUGGCGGAGGAGGCAAAAGGAACGGCUCCCGCUACGGAUUUCUGAUAACCAAACCUUUCCACAAGAAAUGAACUGGCAAGACUGCUUUUCUCUAAAACGGGGGAGCUGAUCGGCACCAUGAAGGUCUUCUGCGGGCGGGCCAAUCCGACCACGGGAUCCGUGGAGUGGCUGGAGGAAGAUGAGCACUAUGAUUACCACCAGGAGAUUGCGAGGUCAUCCUAUGCAGAUAUGCUGCAUGACAAAGACAGAAAUAUAAAAUAUUACCAGGGUAUCCGGGCUGCUGUGAGCAGGGUCAGGGACAGAGGACAGAAGGCCUUGGUUCUGGACAUUGGCACUGGCACAGGGCUCUUGUCAAUGAUGGCGGUCACAGCAGGUGCUGACUUCUGCUAUGCCAUUGAGGUUUUCAAGCCUAUGGCUGAUGUUGCUGUGAAGAUUGUGGAGAAAAAUGGCUUCAGUGAUAAGAUUAAGGUUAUCAACAAGCAUUCCACUGAGGUGACCAUAGGGCCAGAUGGUGACAUGCCAUGCCGUGCCAACAUCCUGGUCACAGAGCUGUUUGACACAGAACUGAUCGGGGAGGGAGCGCUGCCUUCCUAUGAGCAUGCACACAAGCAUCUUGUACAGGAAAAUUGUGAGGCAGUGCCUCACAGAGCAACCAUCUAUGCACAGCUGGUGGAGUCCAGAAGAAUGUGGUCAUGGAACAAGCUGUUUCCCAUCCGUGUUCAGACGGGCAUCGGAGAGCAGGUUAUUGUCCCUCCCUUGGAACUGGAGAGGUGCCCUGGUGCACCCUCUGUCUGUGACAUUCAGCUGAACCAGGUGUCACCGACCGACUUCACCGUCCUCAGCGAUGUGUUGCCUAUGUUCAGUGUGGACUUCAGCAAGCAAGUCAGUAGUUCAGCAGCUUGCCAUAGCAGGCAGUUUGAACCUCUGGCAUCUGGCCGAGCUCAGGUAGUUCUCUCCUGGUGGGACAUUGAAAUGGACCCUGAGGGGAAGAUCAAGUGCACCAUGGCCCCCUUCUGGGCACACUCAAACCCAGAAGAGCUCCAGUGGCGGGACCACUGGAUGCAGUGUGUGUACUUUCUGCCACAAGAGGAGCCAAUUGUACAGGGCUCAGCCUUCUGGCUGGUAGCCCACCAUGACGACUACUGUGUGUGGUACAGCCUUCAGAGGACUAGCCCUGAAAAGAACGGGAGAGUCCACCAAAUGCGCCCCGUGUGUGACUGCCAGGCUCACCUGCUCUGGAACCGGCCUCGGUUUGGAGAGAUCAAUGAUCAGGAUAGAACUGAUCAGUAUGUUCAUGCCCUGAGGACCGUGCUGAAGUCGGACAGUGUCUGCCUGUGUGUCAGUGAUGGCAGUCUGCUCUCCAUGCUGGCGCAUCACCUUGGGGCAGAGCAGGUAUUUACAAUUGAGAGUUCAGCAGCUUCUCAUAAACUGAUGAAAAAGAUCUUCAAGGCUAACCACUUGGAAGAUAAAAUUAAUAUCAUAGAGAAACGGCCUGAAUUAUUAACAUCUGCAGACUUGGAGGGUAAAAAGGUCUCUGUCCUCCUGGGUGAGCCGUUCUUCACCACCAGCCUGCUGCCAUGGCACAACCUGUACUUCUGGUAUGUCCGGACUGCUGUGGACCAGCACCUGGGGCCUGGCGCUGUGGUGAUGCCCCAGGCUGCUUCACUGCAUGCUGUGGUCGUGGAGUUCAGGGACCUGUGGCGGAUCCGGAGCCCCUGUGGCGACUGCGAAGGUUUUGAUGUGCAUAUCAUGGACGAGAUGAUUAAGUGUGCCCUGGACUUCAAGGAGAGCAAGGAAGCCGAGCCGCACCCACUGUGGGAGUACCCUUGCCGCCGCCUUUCUGAGCCCCAGCAGAUCUUGACCUUUGAUUUUCAGCAGCUAGUCCCCCAGCAUCCUGUGCGUGCUGAAGGGUCCAUGGAGCUAAGGAGGCCCGGGAGGAGCCACGGGGCCGUCCUGUGGAUGGAAUACCACUUGACCCCAGACCGCAUGGUCAGCACUGGCCUUCUGGAACCCACAGAAGAUGAGGGGAACUGUUGCUGGAACCCCCACUGCAAGCAGGCCGUGUACUUCUUCAGUGCCACGCUGGAUCCCCGAGCGCCGCCACAUGGCCUGCAAACAGUCAGCUAUGCUGUGGAGUUUCACCCCCACACCGGAGAUGUCACCAUGGAGUUCAGACUUACAGACACCCUAGACUGACCCUGACUUGCUGAAAAAUAAAGUGGCCCGAGGGCGACAGGCUCUGAAUCGUUCUGGCUUUGUGGGGAAGGAAGACUGAAGGUGUUCCUCUUCUUCUGGGGACCUGCUCGGCCUCGGGUCAUGGAGGAGACCCGCUUCCAUUUUUGGAUCUUGGCACUGCCAGCUCCUAAUUCCAGGUGUGGGAGGGCAGCAUAGACGGGCCAGGGAGACCAGCGUACUAAUGGUUCUGAGUUGCUCAGAAAGCUCCAAGGCAGUGAUGUCUCCUGCCCUACUUGGAAGGGGAUGGAGGCAGGGGUCUUGCUGGGGCUGGCAGAUGGGCUGCACAUGCUACUCUCUUAGCUGGGUGGUGCCAGUGGCGGGAGCCUGCGUUGCCUGUCUCGCUUGCUGGGAAUCCCCAGGUCUCUGCCUGUCUGGCUUUAGCUAGGAAGGUUUCUAGAGGGUGGAGACUGAGUUGUGGCUGGGUCCCAGGGGCUUGGAGACCCUGGCAGAGCCAGGCCUGAGAGGACUGGGUUCUGGCCCUUUCACCCAUUGGGAAACCUCACCAAGCCACAUUUAUAGCAUCCGGGCAUCUGCUCUCAGCGCAGCACGAGCAGGUGUUCUGCCCAGACCUGAGACCUGAACGCCAGGCUGCUGAGACGACAGAGAGGAAGCUGUCCCAAAGCACUUCUGAGGUGCACACCCAGGAAACCAGCCCUCAGGAAAGGGAGCCUGGAAGUGUAACUGUCCCCUCCUCCCCUGUGCGCACUCCCUCCUCCAUGCUGCCUGGUAUCAGGAGGCCCUCCCGCCCCCUCAGAAGUCUUGAGGCAGGUGGGGUGCGGUGCAAAGCUGCCCAGCCCAGCCUUGCUUCACCAGGAAGGCCAGAGAAUCUCGAGGUGGCCACAGCCUUGUUCCUUCCAUGUACUCAAGGUGCACUUUUGCUAUUUAUCUCCCAAUUCUCAGAGGAAGCAGACGCUGAUUAAGAGACCAACAGCCCGAGGCCUCAGCAUUUCAGGUAGACUUGGGCUGUGCCCAUCCUGCAAGUAGAGACAGGAAAGGCUGUCCCCCCACACCCCGCUCAGGUUGCCCAGCCCUGGGGGCUGGAGUCAGAGCAGAGCCUGGCCCCAGCUUGUCGAUCAAAUAAGUGGAGAACACCAGCCUUGAGCCUCACAGUUUUAUUUUCCUUCUCCUCGUUAUCUGUCCUUCCUUUCAGCACCAAUAAAGGAAAAAGACUACCUCUCUUUUCAAAAUA